CAGGUGGAUGCAGAGGACAGACAGACAUGACGAGUCGAAUGUCCUUCUUUGAGCUGUGGAGGAGCAGGAAGGAGCAAGAGGAGCUGCUCCAGAGAGCCAAUCAGAGGAGACUCUGUCCUGCACAGCUGAGGCUGCUGCUGGGGGACAGUGGAGUCCGGGCAGCACUGCAGAACACCAGGACGGCGUCUCUGCUGCCCCCUGUUGGUGCGGAGGUGUUCAGACGCCUGACACCGGCUUCACUUGAGAAGACCCACCCCCCAGGUGACGCUCAGGGGGUGGAGCUACAGACGAGGAGCAGCAGCGAGGUAACAGAGAACACCCAGGUCAAACCAGCCAGUGACCUGGAGGCCGGGAAGCCCCUCCCAUUCUACUAUGGAACCCCAUCCCCUAAGCUUCUGAACACCCCAUUGGAGGAUCUGGAUCCCUUCUACCAAUCAGAGACGUUCGUCGUGCUCAGUAGAGACCACAUGAUUCACAGGUUUGAUGCUGAGUCCGUCUGUUUCCUGCUGAGUCCGUUCAGCCGGCUGAGGAGCGUCUCCGUCCUCACCGCCUCGGUGUUCAGAUGGUUCUUGAUGUUCACGGUUCUCACCAACUGUGUGUUGAUGACCCUGAAGGAACCGGCAGCCUGGAGCAGGGCGGUGGACUGCGUUUUCACAGUCGUCUACACACUGGAAGCCGUCAUGAAGAUCCUCUCCAGAGGCUUCUGUGCCGGGAGAUUCACCUUCCUGAGAGAUCCCUGGAACUGGCUGGAUGUGGUGGUGAUCAGCACGGGAUUCCUCUCAGAGUUUGUAGACUUGGGCAAAGUGUCUGUGCUCAAGACAGUUCCUCGAGUCCUGAAGAUCAUCCCUCUCAUCCCAGGUCUGAAGAAGACUGUGGGAGCUCUCAUCCAAUCACUGAAGGGCCUGGCCAGCGCGCUGGUCCUGGCCUGCAUCAGCAGCUUGGCUCUGAUUGGUCAGCUGCUCUUCAUGGGAGACCUAAGGAACAAAUGUGUCAUUUGGCCUGAUAUGGAAAAUAUGACAAGAGACGCCACAGGGAUCAGUUUCAAGGAGAGCAUUAACAACGCUGAUCAUCAGUACUUCCUGCCGGGUCGGCGUGACGCGCUGCUCUGUGGAAACAACUCCAACUCUGGGGGCUGUCCGGAGGGCUACACCUGUCUGAAGGCAGGAGGAAACCCCGACUACGGCUACACCAGCUUCGACUCGUUCGGCUGGUCUCUGCUGGCUCUGGUCCGGCUGACGGGGUCCUGGGAGGAGCUGCUGCAGCAGACGUUACGAGCAGCCGGUACAGCCUACCUGGCCGUCUUCGUGCUCGUCUUCCUCCCCGGCUGCUUCUGCGUCCUCGGCCUGGCGUUUGGGGGCGUGGCCUCGCUGUGCCGCGAGCGGGAGGAAGCCGGCAUGGCCGAGCUGCGGCGCCGAGAAGACGAGUUCGCUCUCGUCCUGAAUGCCGUGAAGAGGAGAGAGGAAGAGGAGCAGCCGGCCUGCAGGGCGGCGCUCUCAUCGGAGCGCGACGGUGAAAACACAGAGGCCUUCCUUGAAGAAACAAGUCAUCAGUAUCCUUAUGGCUGUACCGCUGGGGUUAGGGUUCGGCUCAGUAAAGGCCCUCCUGGUCAGAGUCCUGCAGCUCUCAGCCAGCGGUGUGUUUCAGGGCUGGAGGGCCAGGCGGCGUGUCCUCGCUGCUGCUCUGUCCUCGCCGACGUCCUCCUGAAGUGGAGCUGCUGUGGCUGCUGGCGGUGGCUCAAGCAGCGGCUCUCCAGCUUCAUCACGAGCCCCUUCUUUGACCUCGGGGUCGUCAUCUGCCUCAUCGUCAACAUCCUCUUCAUGUGCAUGGAGCAUUACCCCAUGACGGAGCGCUUUGUGCGGACGCUGACCACCGCCUCUCUGGUCUUCACGGGGAUCUUCACAGCCGAGAUGCUCCUCAAACUCGUGGCCAUGGACCCGUACGGAUACUUCCAGGUGGGCUGGAACGUCUUUGACAGCAUCAUCAUUGCCAUCAGCCUGAUGGAGGUCACUAUUGACUUGAAUGUCAGUUGGUUCAUCGUGAUGCGGGUCUUCAGGAUGGCCAGGUGGUGGCCGUCCCUCCGCAUGUUCUUAAAGCUGGUCUAGACUGCUGUGAGGGCUCUGAGAAACCUGACCUUCGUCCUGCUCAUCACGGUCUUCAUCUUCAGCUUGGUCGGCAUGCAGCUGUUCCAGCAGGACUACGAAGACCACGUCUGUCGCAUCUCGAAGGACUGCCUGCUGCCGCGCUGGCAUUUCGGGGACUUUUUCCACUCCUUCCUCGUCAUCACCAGGGUCCUGUUUGGAGAGUGGGUCCAGAUCAUGUGGGACUCCAUGGAGGUCUCGGAUCGGACCACAUGUCUGAUAUUCUUCUCAAUGGUCCUGGUCAUCGGAAACCUGCUGGUCCUGACCCUGUUCCUGAAGCUGCUGCUGAGCUCCUUCAGCUCUGACUGUGUAGCGGAUCCAGAAGGAAAAGAACAAAGCAACGUGGCGCUGGCCUUCAGUCGGAUCCUCAGGGCGUUGGGGACUUUACUGGGGAAGAGCACCCAUGACCCCCCCGACCACACAGGCAACAAGGAAGUCCCGGGUCCCCUAAGCGGUGACGCCCACUCGGUCCCCGUCGCAGCUGCUGAGACGAAGACUGAUGACGACGAAGAGAAAGAGAAAAAAAGCCCUGCAGAGGACCAGGAUGGAGAGCUGCCUGAGGCCUGCUGCACUGCCCGGUGGUACCGGUGCUGCCCGUUCCUGGACGUAGACACGUCCCGCGGCAGAGGGAGGGUCUGGUCUACCUUCAGGAGAGCGUGUGUCUCCAUCGAGCAGCACACCUGCUUUAAGAGCAUCAUCAUCGUCAUCAUCGUGCUGAGCAGUGCAGCUCUGAUGUUUGAGGACCUCCACCUGCAGCAGCGCCAGGUGUUGAGGGCGGUGCUGGCCAGAGCCGACCAGGUGUUCACCUGUCUCUUCCUGGUGGAGGUGCUCCUCAAGUGGAUCGCCUUGGGGCUCAACAAGUACUUCAGCGACGCCUGGAGCUGGAUCGACUUCCUCAUCCUACAGGUGUCUCUGGUGUCUCUGGCUGCCGACUCCUUGGGGCUCUCUGUGUUCGGGGCCUUCCAGCUGCUGAGGACCUUCACGGCGUUGGGGCUCCUGAGGGUCAUCUCUCGCCUCCAGGGCCUGAGGGGGGUGGUGCAGGCUCUGGUCCGGACCGGCCCGUCCAUGCUGGACUUCCUGCUGGUGGUCCUGGUCCUCUGGACGGCCUUCAGCAUCCUGGGGGUGACCCUGUUCUCUGGACGCUUCUCCUCCUGCGUCAACGAGACGUCGGGGGAACGGUUCUCCCCGCAGGACGUGGACAACAAGACGGACUGCCUCUGGCGGACCUGGGGGGACCCGGGGGUCCGCUGGGGGAACCAGGACCUCAACUACGACAACGUGUUGAGCGGAUACCUGGCGCUGCUGCAGCUGGUGGAGUCACAGCCGAUCUAUGAGUCCAACCCCUACAUGUACCUGUACUUCAUCUCCUUCAUCCUCUGCUGCUUCUUCACUUUCAACUUCUUCAUCAGAGUCAUCAUCGACCACCUGCUGAGAGACCAGAUGAGUCUUUAUUCUGACUGA